GCUAAAGAGGAAGGAGACAGAAGCAUUCCAAGCCCAGCUGGUGCUAUGGCUAAGGAAGUGUGUCUGCUACCCCUUCCACAAAAAAUCAUUUUUUAGGCUUCUUGGGUGUCUUUGUGUUUGGAGCUUUCCACUCCAAUUAUGCAUUUGGUGAGCAUCUGCUUCCCUACUGCACAACACAUUGGCACAAGGUAUGUAAAGUUAACAAGCGCUGAAAUACAUAUAUUUUAUGAAAACUUGUGUUUUCUUUCGGUCAGCUUGUUUUUAUUCUCUUUUAUUCAUAACUUUAAUGUGUAUAUUAUGCUCUACAUAAACGGAUUAGAGGUUUUAACAAUAAAACAGCAUACAGAUUUUAAGAAUAAAAUAACCAUGUGCCUUUUAAGUUGAGAGGUCUGCAGCUUUGCUAAGGAAGUACUGAUGCACGGGGCUGAAUAAAUGGGAAUAUUAAAGCGAUUAUUAUUAAUAGUAUUAGUAUUAUGCCCUGCCUUGGCUUCCUAUGUUGAAUUCAACAGCCGUCUACAAAUCAUGGAGCUUUCCUCGCCACCUGACUUGCUGAAUUUCUACUGGUCACACGGGUGGGGAAAGAAUAGGAACCCUGACAUUUUUAUUUAUUUUUAGGUGGCAAUCCUGGAGAAUGCGCAACACGACGCGCCUUAAAAGCAUGGGGGAGGGGUGUUUUUGCUGCUCGUCUGACAGGAGGCGCUCGUAGGAGUAGAGCAGGAGCGGCCCCUGGUGGCCAAGGAACGCAGCUGCACCCUUAGAAGGCCGGUGCGGAGAUCCCUCCUUUACGCGUCGCAAUGACGCAGCAAGAAACCUCGCCCGCCGCCCCCUCCCUCGCCGGGUCUGUGUGACGCAGCCGCAAUUGCCGGCGUGGCCCCCGCCCGGCUUUGGCCUGGGCCUGUUUCCCUCCCGUUCCCUCUGCCCAACGCCGCACUCACUCACUGUCCAGGUAGUGCUCCAGGUACAAGGCCGCCGCCGCCAUCUCGCGCCAACCAGCCGGCCAGCCAACGCCCACCCUCCGGCCCCGCCGCGAUCGGCGCUGUCACGCGGGCGCCUUCGCAAUGGCCGGUCGGGGCUCUCAUUGCAUAGUCAUGAGAGGCCGGCGCCGAUUGGCCAAGCGGACGCCGCCGCCGCUGCAUAGGAAUGAGGGGGCGUGGUGGGGGAUACGACGUCAACGUUCGUUCGCCAUCGGCCGGAAUGGGCCGAUUCCCGGUGUCCGCGGCGCGUGGUGUUACCCCCCCCCCCCGAUUUCCUCCCGUCGUAAUUCCCGCGCAGGUCCGGCUACGUCUUUCCCGCGCGGUGUUCGCGUGACGCAGUUCCAGGCGUACACGUGUCUGUUUGGAAGGGAAAACGCCACUGAAGCCGACGGAGCUUCCUUCAAAUAAAUAGAAGUGCGCGGGAGCUCGCGGGUUCGGGCUGUACAGACGUGGCAGAGCAAACGCGUGUUAGUCUCCCGGAAAGCUGGCUUGUAUUUUGCAGCAUAAGUAGCCUUAGCGGAAUAAAAAAUAAAAGGGGGGCAUCUUCUCAGGAUUUCUGCAUCCACCCAAGGACAGAAACACUCUGCUUUUAGCCUUUAAGCGUCUCUUCCUUGGCACCUCCUCAAGAUGUCCCUUAUUUACUGUACCCAUAAAAUCGCUCUUUUUUCAAAGGGUGUAGAGAGAAGAAAGAUGUUUUAUGUACCAUGACGCACAGCGCAAUCCUACGCGUGCUUACUCUGUAAGAAGUGGCACGGUUUUCGGUGUAGCUUAUAGCCCAGGUGAGCUUUGCGGAGAAUGGGUGCUUCCAGUGUGAACUAGACGCUUCUGGUUACCGUCAACGUGGAAAGAAAGAUCAUUCUUACAGAUAAAUAUGUAAACAUACGACUUUUAUUUAUAAUAGAAAAAAUAUAUAUGGUUGCACGUAAUUCUGAAAGCUUUAUUUAGUUCAUUACAUAAAAAGGAGGCCUGUUUAAUGCCCCCACUUAUAACGGGCUGCGUGCAAUAUGGAUGGACCUCCAUUUCUCCCCGUAUCAUCACUUAAGAUUUUUGUUUUUGUUUUAAAUCCACGCUUCCAAAACUCUCCUGGCAUUCUUUUAUAUUUAUAUAUUAAAAAGGUCUCAGGGCGGUUUACAGAACAAAAUCAAAAAAUAAAACCACGCAAUAUAUAUUCAAAAUAAAAACAACCCAAUAACCCCCCCUCCAAAUUUUAAAAGGGCAUCAGGGGGCGUGGGUGGGCGAAUGCGCGAAACGCUCGUCUGGAUCCCACGCGUGCGUGCAAAACGCGCGCGCCCUCGAAUCCCCGAGGGAUUUAGCUACAAAACACGGAUGCCCGUAACGAGAUUUCCCCCACGUUAAGGGUACAAGUUUACUGGCAAAUCUGUUGCGCCGACAUCAGAAAAGCGUUGUGCUCUUGAGUGCGUUUGCUUUGGUAUUUUACACCUUACGUUCAAACUCAACUAAGGGUUAAUAUCAGCGAGAUGGACAAAAAACGCCUAGAAAGAAAGCGGCUUCCAACGGACUAAUCCUGUCGAGCACCGCGCAGACGGCUUCUUUGAUCGCGCAAUCGACUUCUGCUUUUUUUCAGACGGUUCCGCUUUGCUGUGUUUUCCGUGAUCGCGCGAGAGUUUGGUCACCAUGGUUACACCAGAGCCGCUCUACAUGCGCCGGAGGACUGUACUCUGUGAUUCCGCCAAAAGCGCGGGAAGCUGCAGUUGUCGUUCGAUCUCCUUCGCUUCGCCGCUGACUGAGAAGGGGGCGCCAUGGCUGGCAGGCGAGGGGCGCUGAUCGUGCUGGAGGGGGUGGACCGAGCUGGCAAAAGCACGCAGACCAGAAAGCUGGUGGAGGGCCUGCUGGCAGGGGGACACCGGGCCGAACUCCUUCGGUUUCCCGGUAUGCGAGGCAGCUGCAUGCAGGAAGGCGCAGCCCCUUCGCCACACUGCCUUAGAUUUACCUGUGUAGGUUGUCGGCAAUUCCCCUGCUGUGGCAGCAUGUCUGUGCCUUUAACAGACGGAUGGCAGGGUGAAAGUCGAGAGCUGCACACAGCCUCUCUCGCUACGGAGAUGCAGUGGCGGGAACGCUUCGUCUGUGGGAUUUCUGUCUGUCCUAAGGCUGCCGAUGGGGUGGGAAAAGGGGCCAAAUCUAAUACGUUUUGUGGCGGUGCUAGUGAUGUGUAGAAAGCGUUCCUUACCAGCAUUGUCAUAGAUUUGGGCUGAGUCAUUGGCCCUCCUCAUAGAUAAGCGCCUCGAGUUUUUCUUAAUUUAAUUUAUCUAAUAUCUAAUCAUUUUUACAUUCGAAAAAGUAAGUUUAUGGUUGUUGGGGCGGGGUGUUGAAAGCUUAUUUAACUUGGGGUGUCUUUGAAACCAUGGUGCAAAGUAGUGCUUAUUAAUGAAAAACUUAAACUAAGUACGAUGCUAUCAUCUUAGAUCUGCUUUCUAACUGAAUUGGCAUUCUGGUAUGACCAUGUGUGUUAGGAUACCUUGUGACAUGCAGAGAGAGAGAGACAAAUAGCAUUAAACCAUCCUUGUGGCAAAGGUACAGUGAUGGAAGAUGCAGUAACACAUAAAGUGGGUGUAAUCCCACUUGUGGGUUGAGAUCAUGGUUAUCUAUUUUCUGCCUAGAUUAGGGUUAACAGACAUUCCUGGGGACAGUCCCUGGAUUUGCAAAUCUGUCCCGGGACAAAUUCCAUUCCCGGAAUGUCCCCAGAUUUGCUAAUCUGUCCCUGGGAAACGUGACAGCGGCAGCCCGGUGCUGGCCUGGUAGCGCAGUUGGCUCUGGCUGGCUUCAGGAGCUGUCCGCUGCCACUGCCGAAGGGGAACCAGUGAUGUCCCGUGGUACAGAUCUCCUGCCCCCUGCCCCCUUUGUUUUGACAGAUCGGGGGAGGCUCGGGAAUCGCAGGCGGGCAGCCGUUGCCCAGUUUUUUAAAAAACUCUGCACAUUUAUAUUUUACAGGGUGCGAAAGAAGGGCUUUGCACCUUGCCUGGCAGAGAAACCGUGCGCCUUGCGCCCCUCCUGGGCAACAGCCGCCUGCCUGCCUGCGACUCCCGAGCCUCCCCCAAUCUGUCAAAACAAAGGGGGAAGGGGGAAGGAGAUUGGGGAAGGCUCGGGAGUCACGGGCGGGUGGCGUGCCAUUGCCCAGUUUUUUAAAAACUGCAUUUAUGUUUCACAUGGUGCAAAAGAAAGGCUUUACACCUUUAUACAUUAUGCAUGUGUGCUUGGCCCCAGGGUCUUUUGCCUCACUACUAACUCCCUGUUGCUACUCAGCUUAAAAAAAAAAAGUGUCCCCGGAUUCAUUGAAAAAAAUCUGGUAUCCAUAGCCUAGAUGCUGGGGAAUGUAUAUUUAUGAUAUUGAAUGCUGCUAUCUUUUUAGGAAGUAGCAUUUCCAAUAGUGAUGUGCAUUGGGAAGAGAAUAUUACAGAAUUUAUAGAAGCUGAAUAUGUUUGUCUUAUUCCACUCUUGUCUACAUCUUAUUGCAGACAGAACUACAGAAAUCGGACGGCUGAUAAGUUCCUAUUUGGAAAAGAAGAACAAUUUGGAGGACCACACAGUGCAUCUGCUAUUUUCUGCUAAUCGCUGGGAGCAAGUGUAAAUAGAAUUCUUGUGAAAUACAUGAGUACCUUUUUGAUCCCCUAAUUCAGUGCUGCUUUUCUGCUUGGGGAGAAUACUGGGUGAGAUCUAAUGUAGUGUGGGUGGAUGUCUACUCCCACAGGAAGUCUUCAUAUUUCUCUCCUUGGCUCCCCUACCUGCUCUUGUUAUGCAAGCAAAUUUCUGUUGUGCAAGCAGGUAGAUGUUAUUGAAUGUCACCACAUGAGUCAAGUGCCUUAAUAAUUGGAAUUUAGGCAUAUUUCUCAAAAAAUGAAAAAAAUCAAACUUAUUCUGUCUAGUUGGCAAUUCAUGCUGAAGAGAGGAUAAGAGAAAUGUUUGUAUUUGAUCAAGAUUCAUGCAUGAUGCUGGAAUUACAGUUGCUUUCGGGGACUGGAUGCAAAAUAUAUUACAAAAGGCUAGGGUAAUAAAUACUAAUCCAGAAUAAAAGCAAUUGUGAUUCACUUACCUCCAUAGAUUCCCCCCCUUCCUGAUUUCUUUCCCACAUUCUUGAUGUAAGAAUACAUCUACAUAUUACAUAUCUUGACUUGUAGUUAACACAUAAUCUUUCAUCUGUUUUCAUAUCUUGUUCUAUUGGUAACAGCGCAGUGGGCUGGUUUGCAUGUAAUAGUAUUCCAUGGUUUAUGGCUUACUGUGAAUGAGCAGCAUUCUAAUGCAUGCUGUUGAUUCACACUAUGCAUGUUUUGUUGCUUCUGGCUUUGGGCAGAGUAGACUGAAAGAGAAAGUAGCAUGCUCCUUAUUCACGGUAUUGUGAUGUGCCCAGUGUUUUCUUGCAUUUCCUCAUUCAUUGUCUACCUAUUGACCACACUUACAAGGAGUGAAUUAAUAGUGUUGAUGCCUUAACAUCUCUUAUUGGUGAAGUUGUGAGGCAUUGUUUCCUAGUUAAAUGUUUAUUAAUUAACAACAUUUAAUCAAAUUAAUGCUCACCUUUUUUGGCCAAAUUACAUUGUGGAAAUUAAGGUGCGCAUUAGUUUCGAUGGUGCAUUUACAUUCGCCAGCAAAUACUCUUUUUUUGGUUUCAUGGUUCUGAACAUUGAGGUGUGCAUUAGUUUUGAUGGUGCAUUAGACUCAAGUAAAUAGGGUACAGUAAUUCAAAAUGAUAUGGCAUAAUUUAUGCAGGAGAAGAAAAAUAUCCAAGCAAUUCUUAGCCCACUUCUGGUGACUUCUUAAAUAAGACUGUGUUUGGAAAUACUUAAGAAAUAGGUUACUUAGCCAUUUAGCAAAUUUUUAUUUGUAUGUAGUAAGCAAACUUAAAAUAUAUACCAUGUUAACUUUAUAUGUCAGAUUCCCCCCUCCCCAACAAUAGUCAAAAGUUGUGGAACUCAAAUACCAUAUAUGGGGGGGAAAUCAAUAUACAGAAGCACAGUUUGGCUGCAGUCCCAUACACCAGGGUUUGGGAAUCUGUGGCCGUCCAGAUGUUGGACUCCACCUCUCAUCAGCGCCAGCCAGCAUUGCCGGAUGAUGGGAGCUGCAACCAAGCAGCAUCUGGAGGUCCACAGGUUUCCCAUCUCUGCUGUGCAUGUUCAUCUGGGAAGAAGUCCCAUUGAACUCAGUUGUACUUGCUUUUGGGUAGACAUGCAUGUGAUUGCACUCAGUGUGGUUUAAAUGUUAUAGUCAAAUCCAAAGCUUUAUAAAUAAACGUCUUAGAAAUUAGGUUAUUGGAAUACGUGUAUAGACAUUACAGGAAUAGCAUACAUUUCCUUACGUUGUUUAAACUUUUGAGAAAGAAAAUGAAGACACCGAAAACUGUUAGCAUGCACAUUUACCAAAUUAUUUGCAACUUUGAAAUCACCCAAUUUAUGAAACUGCAUUUUUUAAAAAAUGCAUUCUUAUUUACAGUAUACCACCCAGAGUAAAAGGUAAAGGGACCCCUGACCGUUAGGUCCAGUCGCAGAUGACUCUGGGGUUGCGUCACUCAUCUUGCUUUACUGGCCAAGGGAGCCGGUGUACAGCUUCCAGGUCAUGUGGCCAGCAUGACUAAGCCGCUUCUGGCGAACCAGAAUAGCACACGGAAAUGCCAUUUAUCUUCCCGCUGGAGCAGUACCUAUUUAUCUACUUGCACUUCAUGCUUUCGAACUGCUAGGUUGGCAGGAGCAGGGACUAAGCAACGGGAGCUCAUCCCGUUGCAGGGAUUCGAACCGCCAACCUUCUGAUCAGCAAGCCCUAGGCUCCGUGGUUUAACCCCCAGUGCCACCCACGUCCCAGAGUACUCUUGUCUUAACGAGGGUGCAUCCAGAGUCGUUUGCGACUGGACUUAAUUGUCAGGGGUUCCUUUACCGUUUUUUAUCCAAAUGUCAUAACAUUUUCGCCAUAUAAAUACAGUCCCAGGAAUUUUAUACCUUGCAUCACUGCUUUAUUCCAAAUUAUUAUGCUUCGAUUUUUCUCUAAUAGUGGUAUCUUUCUACCAUUCAGACCAUUGAUUAAAGAGAAAUUAAACCAAGGUAUCACUCUGGUAGUGGACAGAUACGCGUUUUCUGGAGUGGCGUUCACAGGUGCUAAAGAGGUGGGUAAAAAACACCAAUUCAGCCUCAUAGAAAUAUAGUAUUUAGGGAAAGAUUUGCUGCAUUGAAGUCUCAGAUUCAGUGGUUCAAUCCUUGGCAUCUCCAGGCAAGUUAAGGGAGAAACCCUGUCUGAAAUAUCAGAGAGUGGUAGCCAGUACUGAGCUAGAUUAAACCAGUGGUCCAACUCAGUAUAACGCAGCUUCCUGUGUUGCUGUCAAAUUGCUCCUUGACUUCAUUGGGCUGUUUGCUGCACCUCUCAUUUCUCUCCGAACAGAACUUCUCCUUGGAAUGGUGUAAGCAACCUGAUGUUGGGCUUCCAAAGCCAGACUUGAUCCUUUUUCUUCAGUUGAGCACGUCUGAAGCAGCCAAACGAGGAGACUUUGGAAAUGAACGAUAUGAGUACAGCUCUUUUCAGGAGAAAGUUCUGCAACGCUUCUACCAUUUGAUGGAAGACAAGACUUUAAACUGGAAGGUAAAAAAGGAAACUUCUGGAGGAGCACUGUGGGAUUCAUAAGCCAAAAAAAAUCAAACAACCCUUCUAGGAGAUCUGAAACAUCUGUUGAAGGGGAAGAAAAACUAGUAGGAUGAGAGUAAACAGGCAUCAACGUAAUACCUUAUUAGUAUAUUUUGAUACUAUAUUUCUUCCACCAACCGUUCUUCUGUAGUUGGGUUGUACAUGAGGAGUGUUUCAUGUGUUUGUGGUUUUGUUUUGGAUGCAGGUGAUUGAUGCUUCAAAGAGCAUAGAAGAUUUGCAUAAUGAAAUAAAAUCGUUUGCAGAGGAGGUCAUGCGAGAAGCUCAGUACAAACCCAUAGGAGAACUGUGGAACUAGGACUGGAGUAUAUCAUCUCCUAGGCGUCACUUCUCACCUAGCCAAAAUCUGCACCGUUCACCUUCAAGCAACCCUGUAUUUAUAUUAUCAAAUAGGAUUUGUUAGACUUGCUCUUGAUGCAGCUCUCUUCUUUCUGUUUGGGGUGGCGUUUUAUAAGAGGCUGGUCUGGCAGCUCUGUCGGGACUUGGACUGGAGUAGAUGCGUGAAAGAAGCAUUAGACAAAGGUCUUUUUGUCCUACCAAGAGAGACUUAAUACUUCAGCUGUAUAGUAGCUGUUGUUUUCCAGAGUCAUAAUUUUAAAACAGUUUUUCUUUUCGUAAUGAGGGGGAAGAAGUUUACUAAUAAAUCUCAGAUUUUCACCUAAUUUUGUCAAGCAGAAACUUAUGUUGAGUGGAGAAUCUUUUUCAACCCAAAGACCACACUGCCUCAUGGGCAACCUUUUAGAAGGUCACAUGCCAGUGGUACGCAGUCUGAGAGGCAAGAAGUGGGUAGACAGCAGAACAACUCUUCCCUUUGUAUGGUAAGCUUCGUUCCAGCUAUGCAAAAUUCAAAGGUUCCUGUACACACAUGCACCUCUCCAGUCACACAAGCAAGAGGCAUUAUCAGAGUUCAAGGAUGUAGUCCAGCCCUACAGAAGCAGUCAAGGAAGAUCCAUUGCUGGGUUGGUAAGUGGUAUGGGCUGAGGCUAGGGGUGGGGCCUGGGCUUGUUCCAAGGGCCAGCUAGGGAAUUACCUGGAGGUUCCUUAUCCCUGCAAUAUGUACUUGAUAGGAUGGCUUAAAUAACUUGAAACAUGCCUACCCCAGUGCUGAUUAAGCACCUUUCACUCUAGAACAGAGUGAUUAACCUGUCACCCUCUAUAUGUUGUUGGACUUUAACUCCCAUCAGCCUCCACCACCAUGGCCAGGGGUUGGAAAUGGUGACAACUGUAGUACAAGAUCUGAUGGGCCACAACAUAGCCACCCCUGCUCUAGAUCAAGAUGCUUUAGGGUGACUUCAUGUGAUGUUUCACCCUGCCUUCCCAACAGAGAAUAGUGCAUCAACUUCCCAACCUAAAUACUUGGAGCGACACACAACCCUUUGCCACGGACAGUAUUUUUCGUUUCCUGCAAAAAUGAGGGAAAGUGUCAUAUGAGAGAGUUGAGGUUAUGGUACAUGGUCAAAAUAAGGCUAACUUAAUAAGGAAUCUUAACUCUAGCAUGGCACAGGAACCCUCCAGAAGUUUUAGCCUACAACUCCCAUCAUUCUUGACCAUUGACCACGCUGGCUCGGUUUAAUGGUAAUUGGGAGUCCAACAACAUUUGAAGAGCCUUGAAAACUCAACUGGCAGUUCACUGGAUGACUCUGGUUUUCAGUAUUAUGAAAGGAGAAAUGUUUGCACGCUUUUAAAACACUACACCUAAAACCAUUUCUUUGCUAAUUAUAUUAGCCCCAUUUAUGGUGUUUGUUUUUAGUAGUAUUACGGGGGCUGCUGUCCAAUUAUGUAGUAAAGAUCCUGAUUAGAGCAGUGUCUUAAUGAAAGUACUGUAUUUUAGUUCUCA